GUUAGUUGUCGGAUUCGGUCGGGCGUGUUUGGGCUGCGAACGUUUAAAAAUUGUUAUACGAUUUGCUAUAGAAAAACAAUCAAUUCAAAUAUAUUUAUGUUAAUACGAAAAAUGUAAGCGCGAUUUAAGGCUGAGACGCGAAUACAACGAAACCAAAGCGUUAACCGCAGUUGGUGCGAAGAGAACACAAUGUCGUCACGCACCAGCAAUAUCAGCAGCGGCAAUAAUGUUGUCGCCGCAUCCUCGUCCACAGCUGACGUGCCCCGCCCACCACCACGUCGACGUGCCGCCUCCAUGGCCGGUCAGCAGCAACAAGGGCAGCAGCGCCUAGAUUACAAUAACGGACACACGCCACGUAGAUCGUUGGCCGCUGUGAAUGACACUGGCGACUCGUGUCACCUGCGCAUUGUUGUGCUCAGCGGCAAAUCCUUGGCCAAAAAGGACAUAUUUGGCGCCAGUGAUCCAUAUGUACGCAUCGAUUUGAAUACAAUCAAUGGUGAUAUAAAUAUUGACUCGGUUUUAACUAAAACCAAAAAGAAGACACUAAAUCCAUCCUGGAAUGAGGAGUUUAUAUUCAGAGUGAAGCCGUCUGAGCACAAGCUUGUGUUUCAAGUAUUCGACGAGAAUCGUUUGACACGCGAUGAUUUCCUGGGCAUGGUGGAGCUGACGCUGGUCAAUCUGCCCACGGAGCAGGAGGGACGCACGAUUGGCUCCCAGAGUUAUACGCUGCGUCCGCGCAGGUCAGUAGGCGCUAAAUCACGCAUCAAGGGUACUUUGGAGAUAUAUCAUGCCUUCAUACGCGAAACACGCGAACAGAGCGAACCCUCGAGCAACACAAGCGACGGCGACUGGGAGCAUGUGGAAGCUACAAAUGCUGGCGAGCAAUCAUCACAACCGCAUCCGUUUCCUAGCGGCGGUUCUGAAUCUUUGCCAGCUGGCUGGGAGGAGCGACAGGACGCAAAUGGACGCACAUACUAUGUGAAUCAUACGGCGCGCACGACGCAAUGGGAAAGACCCACCAUCUUGAACAGUAACAACAGCCAGAACGUUGAUCAGCUGGCUUCAGAUUUCCAAAGACGUUUUCACAUUAGUGUGGAUGAUACGGAGUCGGUGCGUGGACCGGAUGUGAGCAAUAACAAUUCAACGCCAGCCACAGCAUCAACAACCCCAGCAACAAUCUCACGCUCACAGUCACAGGCAUCAGUUAACAACAACAACAACAACAACAGCCGCAGAGGCAGCAACAGCAGCAACGACAAUUGUGAUACAAUGAAUGACCAAAUUGAGACAGAACCCAACGAAAUAGUGGAUCAUGCCAGUUUUGUUUACAACUCACUGCAACAUCGCGACAGUGGCAGGCCAGAGAUCUCAGCGAGCAGUUUGCAAAAUGACUUGCGACCGGUGCGCGAGACACCCGAUGGCAAUCUUGUCAAUAUGGCAAUCACAAAUCUAUUGACUCGCCGCGCCAACGACAACAGUUUGGGUCGCCAUCAACUGGACAACAGGCAGCAGAGACGACGACGUCUGCAACUGCAGCAGCAGCAGAAUAGGCAAUUGAGUGAAGACACCGAUCACACAGACAGCCACAAUCCCUCAGAGAUCUCAGCUCCGUCCACACGACGCAAUUCCGAAGAAGACAACGCGGCUGUGCCAUCGGAUCAAGCCGCAGCCACUGAGGAGGAAGCGUUACCGCCUCGCUGGUCAAUGCAGGUGGCACCCAAUGGACGCACCUUCUUCAUCGAUCACGAAUCACGGCGCACCACUUGGAUUGAUCCGCGCAAUGGACGCGCCAGUCCCAUGCCAAAUCAGACUCGACGUGUCGAGGACGAUCUGGGACCACUGCCCGAGGGUUGGGAGGAACGUGUGCACACGGAUGGUCGCGUCUUCUACAUAGAUCACAAUACGCGCACCACACAGUGGGAGGAUCCACGCCUAUCAAAUCCAAAUAUAGCUGGUCAAGCGGUGCCCUAUUCGCGAGAUUACAAACAGAAAUAUGAGUAUUUCAAAAGUCAUAUUAGAAAGCCUACCAAUGUACCAAAUAAAUUUGAAAUACGCAUUCGCCGUACAUCGAUAUUGGAGGAUUCGUAUAGAAUUAUUAGUUCGGUGACGAAAACUGAUUUGCUAAAGACUAAAUUAUGGGUAGAGUUCGAAGGAGAAACGGGCUUGGAUUAUGGUGGACUUGCUAGAGAAUGGUUCUACUUACUAUCCAAGGAAAUGUUUAAUCCAUAUUAUGGACUCUUUGAGUACUCCGCCAUGGAUAACUACACCUUGCAAAUCAAUAACGGCAGCGGUUUGUGUAAUGAGGAGCACUUAAGUUAUUUCAAAUUUAUUGGUCGCAUUGCUGGCAUGGCUGUGUACCACGGAAAACUGUUAGAUGCCUUCUUUAUACGUCCCUUCUAUAAGAUGAUGUUGCAAAAGCCCAUUGAUCUAAAGGAUAUGGAGUCGGUCGAUACUGAAUAUUAUAAUUCGCUGAUGUGGAUCAAGGAGAACGAUCCACGCACUCUGGAGUUGACAUUCUGCCUCGAUGAGGAUGUAUUUGGUCAAAAGAGUCAACAUGAACUCAAACCGGGUGGCGCGAAUAUUGAUGUGACCAACGACAACAAAGAUGAAUACAUUAAACUUGUAAUCGAGUGGCGUUUCGUGGCCCGCGUUAAGGAUCAAAUGUCGUCUUUCUUGGAUGGGUUUGGUUCCAUAAUACCCCUUAAUCUGAUCAAAAUCUUUGACGAGCAUGAACUGGAGUUGUUGAUGUGCGGCAUACAGAACAUUGAUGUGAAGGAUUGGCGUGAAAAUACGUUAUACAAGGGCGAUUAUCACAUGAAUCACAUCAUUAUCCAAUGGUUCUGGCGUGCCGUUCUGUCCUUCUCAAAUGAGAUGCGUUCGCGUCUGCUGCAAUUUGUCACAGGUACAUCGCGAGUGCCAAUGAAUGGCUUUAAGGAGCUAUAUGGGUCGAAUGGUCCACAAAUGUUCACAAUUGAGAAGUGGGGCACCCCCAAUAAUUUUCCUCGUGCACACACCUGUUUCAAUCGAUUGGACCUGCCACCGUAUGAGGGUUAUCUGCAGUUGAAGGAUAAGUUGAUCAAGGCCAUUGAGGGCAGCCAAGGAUUUGCUGGUGUUGAUUAAUAACACUGGCCCUGUGUGCGACGGCGUUGGCAAUGUGGGUGACAGUCUCUGGCUAUGGCAAACAGUGCAGUACUUGUAUCUGGAGGAGCAAUCGCAAACGCAAGUGCAACAGCAGCAGCAACAACAACAACAACGACGACACUACACAUCACAACAAGGACUACAAGAAGAACAACAAGAAGAACAACAACGACAACUACAACAACUGCAACAGCAACAGGGCAACCGUAUUGCAACUAAUGCUUGGAACACCACCGCCACUCACUCGUGUACUUAUUUGUUCAUUUGCUUUUGUAUUAUAAUCAUUUUUGCUAGUUUAGUGCUGUUUCGUAUGUAUUUUUAACUAGGCGAAAGCAGACACAGCACACACACUCUCCAAUUGCAAGGCCUAAGGUUCACAUCAAAUUGGAGCUGCAUAUAUAUAUAUAAACGUCCCAAAAGCAUAAAGGAAAUGGGUCUAUUAUUAUUGUAUCCUGGGUUUCGCAUUUGCCGACAAUUGUAAAAAGUAGAAAAACCUUUAUAAACUACAAAAUUAACAUGCAUUGCCUGCGAUCAUUUAUGAACUAAAUACAUAACACAUAACACAUACAUAGAACGAAACAAUUAACAAAUAUGAAGAAAAGAAGGAGAAAAACAAAAAUAUAUCUUAUAUAAAGAUUUUUUAUAAUUGUUAAUCUUAUGCGAUAUUCGUCUGUAACAAAUUCAUAUAAGAAGUUAUGCCUGAUAACUGACAUCUGAUAAUGACCAUUAAAAGGUAACUUUUGUAUUCUGUAUAACUUUAUGUGUAUUUAAAAAAUGAUAAUGUUAACUGUGCAUAAGUCUCUCCAAUUUUUAAUGAUAAAAGUUAAUAAAUAACUACAACAAGAACAACAACAACAAAAUGCCACUAAAUCGCAAUUCAAAUAUUUGUAUAUUGUUAUAUUUAAAUUAUAUAAUGCAUUCCAAAUGUUUAAAGAAACAAUAAAAAAUAUGAAAACAAUUGAUGAUAUAUCAAAAGCCUAUAUAAAAACUAAACUUUAAAGUCAAAUUAUAAAAGAAAAUGCAAAAAAAAAUAUAAUUGUUUCAAUAUGAGACAAGUGGAAACAACUAAAAAGAAAUUUAAAAAUAAAUAAAAAAAAAAAACAAAU